GCCACCCUUCGCCGUCGCAGGCACGAGCGCUUCAGCGCGCGCGCACACACACACACACACCGCCACCACGCUGCUGCCUGCUACCAUCACAGUCCACUACUUUCCCGUUCGCCCGCCCGCCCGCCCGCCCACGCAUCCGUCCGUCCAUCCGCCCGCCCGCCCGCCGCGGGAGUUGGAGGAGAAUCUUCAAGCCAAACAACGUGACAGAGGUCCGAGCCGAACGAGCUGAACGGCCCAGCGGGGGCGGACGCCUGCAUCUCAUGAGCCAGCGAUGAACGCCCGAUUGCGGUAGCGGACGUCCGACGUUUCGAGACGACGCGGCGACCACCCCCCCCCCCCCCCCGCCCGCCCCCCCGCCCCCCCGCCGCGAGCCUUGCCGGCGGGAAACCCACGACUCUUGGCUUCUGCAGGAAAACUAAAAACCCAGGCGCGGGCCGAUGUGUGCGCGCGAAGUCGGACGGGGCCGAUGAACGCCCUGCGAAAGUGCGCUGCGCUGGACCGUCCGAGACGAGCCAUGCUGGAGUAAGAGAGGCGCGCGCUGGCCGGCACCGGCCUGCACCCCGCGCCCCCACCCCGUGUAAAGUGAUCUCCGGACGGUGCUGUAACAGAAACCCCCCCCGCCUCCUCCGCGGGGCGACGAUGCGGCGCUGCUACGCGCCGCCGCUGCUGCUGGCGUGCGCCGCGCUGGCGGCCUGCCUGCCGGCGCCCGCACGCUGCUGCCCAUCCGCGUGCCGCUGCGACCGCGGCUUCGUCUACUGCAACGAGCGCAACCUGACGGCCGUGCCCACCGCCGACAUCCCCGCCGACGCCACCGUCCUCUACCUGCAGAACAACCGCGUAGGCAGCGGCGGGGUGCCUGCGGGCACACGCGCCCUCCUCUCCGUCACAGUCGUCUACCUCUUUGGCAACCGCCUCGACGAUUUCCCGCACCACCUGCCGAGCAGUGUGCGCGAGCUCCACCUGCAGGAGAACAACAUCCGCACGGUGUCGCGCCAGGCGCUGGCGAGCGUUCCCGCCCUCGAGAAGCUCCACCUCGACGACAACGCCAUUGCCUCGGCGGGCAUCGAGGCGGGCGCCUUCCGCCACCUGGGCGCUCUCAAGCUGCUCUUCUUCUCGCGCAACCACUUGAGCUCGGUGCCCAACGAGCUGCCCGCCGGCCUGGAGGAGCUGCGCCUGGAGGACAACCGCAUCGCCUCCGUGUCCGCCCGAGCAUUCCGCUCCAUGACCAAGCUCAGGUUCCUGAACCUCGACGGGAACCUCAUAGCCGACGACGGCGUGGAGAGCGGCGCCUUCCGGGAGCUCGACGAGCUGACGGAGCUUUCGCUGUCCAAGAACUCCCUGCAGGCGCCACCGCCGCAGCUGCCCGGGACGAGCCUGCGCAAGCUGCUCUUGCACGACAACCAGAUAGAGCGCGUGCCGGUCACGGCGUUCGCGCGGCUCGGCAAGCUCGCCCACCUCGACCUGUCGCACAACCAGCUGAGCCGCCUGGCGCCGGGCACCUUCGACGGCCUCGAAGCGGUGCGGCAUCUCAACCUCAGGAACAACCCGUGGCGGUGCGACUGCGGCCUCGCCUGGCUGAGGGCCUGGCUAGUGAGGAACAACGUGGCGGCGCGCGGCACCGUGUGCGGAGGCCCCGGCGGCGUCAGGGGCAAAGCCAUCAAGGAUCUGGAGCCCGGGGAUUUUGCGUGUUCGGGACAGACGCCGACCGCGUCGGCCGACGGCGAUCCUUCGAACGCGUCCACGAAGAGGUGGCACCACCUGGCAACCGCCAGGCCGGAGAGAUUUCCGCCCACGGAGUUUCCCGGCAAGGGGCUCGCCACCGCCAGGCCGGCGGCGUCCACCGCGGUGGCGCCCGACGAGCCAAGGGACCUCGACAUCGCCCUCAAAGCCACGUCCCUGAGCAAGGACAUCGUCGAGGUCAAGUGGCACGAUGCCGUGUCCGUGUCGGCGUACAAGCUGAGCUGGGUGCUGGAGGGGCGAGGGCCCGGCGGGGCCACGGGGGGGGCGACCAAAACAGUGAUCCUGUCCGGGGACGUGCGCCUGCACCUGCUCACCGACUUGGUGCCCCUGGCGAGCUACCGCGUCUGCCUGGAGCCGAUCGACACGGGCAAUGGCGAGCGGCAGUACGCCGCCAACGACGGCGCCGUGUGCACCGUCGCCACGGCAGGCGGGCCCGAGUCGCGCAACGCCAAGGUCACGUCCGGCGGCGGCGGCGGCGACGCGGCCGGCGCCGGAGGGGAGGCGCCCUUCCCGACGGCGGCGAUCGUCGGCGGCUCCGUCGCCUUCCUGGUCGCGGCCGUGCUGCUGGGCAGCUUCUGCUGGUACUCGCACAAGACGGGCAAGUACCUGGUGUCGCGGUGGGCAUUCAUCCGCUCGCGGCAAAAAGAGGGGGACUACGUCGAGUCGGGCACCAAGAAGGACAACUCCAUCCUGGAGAUGAGCGAGAGCUCGUACCCGAUGGGCGCGGGCAAUGACCCGCUGUGUCCGGAGCCCUACGGCAUCCACCCGGGCUACUCGGACUGGACCAGUAACAUGUACAAGCUGCAGCCGGGACACGGGCCGCAGAACGUGCGCUACAUCGAGGAGAGGUUGCUGGAAACUCACUUUAUUCCCGUAUGAGCGCGCGCCCAUGCCCGGGCGGCCCCGCGACGUCCACGUGUGUCACGGCUAUUUAUAAUAAAGACUACCUGAAUAUUUAAAUGUAUUUGCACUCGAGAGGUUUCACGCGUGGCCGCGAUUGGAAACGCUUCGCGUUGGGGGAGGGGCGGGGGGGG